CUUAUUGCUGUGAAUUAUUACUACGCUAGUAAUGUAGCAGUGUUCUUCUUAUCUAUGCUGGUUAUAUAUCUAUCUUGUCAACAUGAACGAGCAUCCCCAUCCACUGCCUAAAAGCGUCAAAGUCCGCUCCACCUGCAACGCCUGCCAACAAGCCAAGAUCCGUUGCAGCCAUGAAAAGCCAGCCUGUCGAAGGUGUCAGAAACACCACAUCGACUGUGUCUACAGCAUAUCCCGACGUUUAGGGAGACCAGCGAAGAAGAAAGAUGUCGACGACGAGAGCGACUAUCGUCGCGAUCGUGAGUUUCUAGAUGGGCCUAGGAAGCAAGAGUCGCGAGCGCGGAACGGUUCCAAGAACAGUAACAGCAAUAACAGCAGUAACAAUAACAGAAAGAAGAAGAUGAAGUUAGAAGACGAGCAAGAGACUGUGUUGGAUGAUACUCUACUGCUACUGGACAAGGCAGGUGGGAGCCAAAGUGUUUUGGACCCUGUUGGUGUGAUAGAUUCGGUUCCAAGUCUACCGGGCGAUUGCUUUUUGGAUCAGGCUACUCCCACAGCUUUGUUCGCGGAUAGUGGAUUCGAUCUAUUUUCCGAUAGCUGGGUGCAAGAGUUCAUUGCCAACCCGCCGGUCGAUCUCGGGCAGGAAGGUUUGCUGCUGGAUUCGAUUGUAAGCAGCGUCAAGCCUGAAAGUACUGGUGGUCGUUCUCCAGUAGAUCCGAAGCACAACCCGACAAGCUUUAUUCAGGAUACACCGCUUAUCGCAGCCACGACCUUGGAGAAAAUUCAUGGUAUCAUGGACGCCCCGUCAGAGGCGAAAUAUCUGAAGGAAGACCCCCUGGCUUGGUCGCUGCCGUUCUCCACGAUGGACCCUUUCCCAGCCAGACAGAUAGCCACCGAAACUACUGCAUUUGCUCAAGCGAAGAUGACAAAGAGACCAUACCUAUAUGGCCUCCCUGCGGGAGAGAUAAAGCCCGUGUCAGCCGUUCUAGCGCCGCACGCAUAUCAAUUCCAGUGUCACGAGUACACGAUCCAGGAAUCGUUCAGGCAGAUGUCGAUCGCCGUAAGGAUGGGGCCGUAUAUGUCGAUUGACCAUAUUCUUCACUGUCAACGUAUGCUGCUGAAUGUAUCCGAUACCAUUCUCAAAUGUUGCGUCUGCUGCAUCACGAAGAGGGAUAUACUCAUGGUCAUCGUUGUCAAUAUCGACAGUCUAAUGACGAAUCUGGAGGCUAUAACGACAGGGGAAGCCGGGAAUCCACAAAGACUGCUUUACAACGGGUAUCAUGAGCAUAUGCUGCCGGAUUGCAAGCAGGAUAUUCCAGGAAAUGUGAGCAGACGGCACCGGAGUGGUGGACUGCAUUUCAGGAGUCAAAUUGAUGCAUGUCCAUUGGUAGUGGGAAAGUUCUGCGUCCAGUCUGGUGACAAGUACUUCUGCAUCUUGCAGAUCUUGUACAGUCAAUUAUCGGAUCUGCUGUCAACGGUCAAAAGAAUCACACUUUAUACGCAAGAAUCGUCCGCUCGCGUAUCUCUGACUAAGGAGACUGAGAGGCGGUUGGAGGAGGUUAUGUUGCAAAUGAAGAGGAUGACCAGGGUCAAUCAGUAUUGCCUUCAGAUUAUCGCCAAAGCAAGGGUCCACUUCUCGUAUUCACUCCAAGCCAAAUUGCUAUACGUUGACCAGCCUACCGGUCACAACGAUAUCUGUGCAACCCACUGCGGGUCGAAUGACAACAUGUUCCACGACGAACAGGCUGUCCAGAUAUUCUGGACCAACAAAGCCAAUUCCUUCAAGGUUGAUCGGAAAUUGUUGGCGUUCGAGGAGCCAUUGCCGCAAUUUAUCUGUAUGAGGAGUAAGACAGUGUUGGGGCAGAUAGAGCUGGAUGAAAGGGAGUCGGUGAUGCUUGUAAGAACACUACUGGGGAGGAACUUAAUGAAGAUCUUGGAGGUGUUGGAGACUCUGCAAAAGAUAUUCAGGUCGUUAGGGAAAGAGGCUAUUGAAGGGGGACGAUGUGCGGGCCCCGCAACGCUACGGGCGUGUGAGUCGUCGGUUGAAGCCAUCAUGCGGAGGUUCGCAGUGUUCAUGAAGCAAGUUGAGGAUAACUCUGGGGCGUGA